UGCUUUUUUAGCCUACAUUUCUUGGCGGAGUAAAGCUGCAUUCCGCCCCACCCCUUACAAACAUCAUCAUCACCACUGUACCUAAAUCAGGAAGCACAGAGGCACGUUUUUUUUUUCCUUUUUGUUUUGUUUUGUUUUUUUUUUAACGGAGACGCUUUCAUGAUUACAGCAACGGCGAACCAAUAAGGGAGAAAAGGCGUUAUUGUUGAUGUUGCUGACCACCACCGUCGACCACCACUGAGAGAAGACUGACAGUUGGUUACAUCCUGUACAAGGCUCAGCUGUGGAUGCAAUUGACACAGACUAACCGGAGAAGGUCUCUGUCAGCAGCAUGGGCCAGCAUCUAGGAAAGAGAGAGUCACCCACAGACAGCAAGGCUUCGUCACCUGGACCCAAAGCAGCACAGACAGCAGCAACAGAACCUGAAUCACAAGAUGAAGUCUUUGGCCUGGGUGAGGCAGAUGCGAACCAGAACAAUGGCUGCAUCUCGGAGAAGCCGGUGGUGACUGACUCCACGGGCGCUGAGGGCCCCCGCCAGCCCUGGACCCCUGCCAGCACAGCUGACCCUGACGCUGCCACACCACGCCCCCACCUGGUCCGCCUCUUCUCCCGAGAUGCCCCGGGCAGAGAGGACAACACCUUCAAAGACCGACCCUCCGAAUCGGACGAGCUGCAGACCAUCCAGGAACACAGUGGAGCGGCUUCAGAUUGCGGGUCGGAGAGCCCCGAACAGGACCUAGAUUAGGCUAGCUUUUUUUUUUCCCUCCCUCCCUUUCUUUUCUCUUUUCCCUCCUCCUGUCUUUCAGUCUCUCAUUUAAGAGAGCAACAAGAACCCCACUUUAGACAAAUAAACCACCAACCACGAGCAUAACCAUGGCAUCUGCAAGCAGCUCUGCACAGGCCGCCUUCGGGCUGGGCCGGAGGAAGAAGAACCCCGGCCUCCUGGAUCAGAUUGGAAAGUUCUUUGGAGGGGACAAGAAGAGGAAGAGCAAGGUGAGAAAGCAAGAGUGGAGGUGAAAACUCAACCCCUCUCAUGUAUCUCAGUUCAUUUUGCUGAUUCACUCCCAGAACCACUUUUUACUUCUGUUUCUUUAACAGAUCUUGUAUGAAUUUGUGUUGGUUUUACUGUUGUUUAUAUGGUGAACCCAAGUCUGACAUAAUCCUGUGAUUCACAUUUAACUGGCUAAUACAAAUCGUCACUGGAUAAUGACUUUGGGUGUGGUUUAUUUUGUUUUAUUUUUUGUUGCAAAGAGGCUGUGAUUUUGAAUCAUUUAAAUAUGGAUUUCUAUAUCAUGUUUUUCUUUUAUUUGAAUGGUACUGACAGUAGUAGCAUUUCCUUUCUUCAGUUAAAUUUAAUAUAUCUGUUGUAGAUGUGACUUGGUGGAAUUUCUGCUGCCAUUUUGCAGUCUGUUUAUUAGAACGUUUGUCAAACUGGAAUUUAGACAGCCGUGUUUCAGUUCAGGUACUUCUGUAAAUGAUGAUGAUGAUGAUGAUGAUGAUGUUGAUGUGAGAGCUCAUUUAGAUGUAAUGCUGCCACAGAAUUUUGCAUUUUGUAGAGGUACUCUGCAGAGAGUUCAUACGGCUUCUUUGUAGUCUCUUUGAUUUCUGUGUCUCUGGAGUCAUUUUUAAACAUCUGUCAUAAGUCAGCCACAGGGAGGUACUUCACUACUGUUUGCACGGUACAGCUGUCUGCUGAGUCACUUUUAAUGAUCACAUUAUGCUAUAAAUGAUCAAAGAGCUGUAAGAUGUAUAUUGACAUUUAAAGGCAUAUAUUCAAGUUGGAGCAUAUUAUCACCCUCUGUUUAGGAAUAUACUGUAUAUAUACACACAAGAGUGCAAGAGUAAGAACAGGCUUAUCUUAUCCUGCAGACAAGUCAUUAUGAGGCAUUAGAGUCUACUUUGCUUUUAAUUGCUUUGUACUUGAGUGUUGUUUAGAUACCACCAUUUUCAUCAUUGCCUAUAAAAACCUUAUUGAUCAGGCACACUUUAAAAAGUUUUUAUUUUGGAUUAGUGUCCAUGUUUGCUGUGGAAGAGAAAGUUGUACAUUUCUACUGACAUCACCUUGUCCAUUACGUUCACUUCCAUAUUUCAUAGGCUGCUUGGCACUUCUGUCAUGGCUAUUAAGAACCAGAUUGCAGGGUUGUUUCCACCCCUCCUUAGUCCAUGUGGCACGCACUCACUGAUGCCCUCUGCAGGCAGUGAAAGUAUUGAGUCCACAGCAGCAUUGGACAUGCAUUAAAAUCUUAUCCUGUUAUCCUGACAACACUGCUGCAACAUGCUGAAGCUAAAUCCCAAAGUUUCUUGUAAGUGCUAUCACAAAGAGGAUAUGGAACUGUUGCUUAGUAUGUUCCAUCAUGUGCGCUCAUUUUGACUGUGGACAUUACCGAUGUUGGUUUAGUUUUGUCCAGCUAACCAUGCAGAACUCAAAUCUGAGUGCUUUGACAAGCUAAUUGCAAAGAAAUGACUCUACAGCCUGAAAAUAUGCAUUUCCCCCGCGCCUUAUGUCAACUAUGAAAAGGUGUUGAGUGUAAGAUUCAGGAUCAAAAAGAUUUUAUAUACACUGUAUGCUACAAGUCUUUCCUCUUCUGCUGAUCAGAUAUGGUUUUGCUUUUGUAAAAUGUUGAAAUGUUCAGGGAAAAUGUCAAGAGAACAAAUUGUGAAGCUUUUGUUCAGCAUUAGGCCAGUGACCAAUUUCCUGCAUUUUGAUUGAAUUGUCUUCUUCUUUAUGCCAUGAUAUUGUACACCAUUCUCCAUAUUGAUGACAGGUUUACUAUAACAAAGUUACAGAAAUAUAUAUUUAUGUAUUCACCAAGGGUUUGCCUUCAAAUGAUGAGAGUUCACAUCUCAAGUGAAUGACAGAAACAGGUUUUCCCCACCUCCGUUGCCUCUAACUAAAAACGCAAAACUGCACUAAAUUUCUGCUACAAACACUUUACAGCAAAAAUUCAUCAUGAAGACAGAUUUUUUUUAGCUUAUUUUCUGGUCUACUCUGUCUGUCUGUGUGCACAGAUUCUCUGCAGAUGUCCUUAACUCAUACUUUGACCUCUAGGCUGCAGUAUUAGUGGGGAAAUCAUUGUGUUACAGUUUUCUGUUGGAUCUUUGGAGUAUGCAUGCUUGAUUCGAUUAAUGCCGGGUUGUUUUAAUGUUUGGUAGGUGUGGAGAUUUUUAUGUCUUCUGUCUAGUUUAUUUGCAUAAUUGUCAUUCCAAGCCCAAUUCUGGGCUUUUAGAAAAUAUUAAGACAGUACACAAAAGAUGAUACUCAAAAGAAAAUUAGCUAUUCAAGCAGAAAUUAAAAGUUAUAAGGAAUAGGUCUUAAUAUGCAUGUGAAUUUGUUAAAUGGCAGACAGAAGCAGUCAUAUAAUGCAACACAGGAGUGAUUACUGUGAAUGAAUUAGGCUUUAGUGCAACAGCUCACAGACAAAACCAAAACUUGUGUGAUACUGUAGUCUAACCCCAGUGUCUUUGAUGAAGAGGGGGUGCCUGCAGCCCCCUCACAUCAGUUCGCUCACCUCAGGUUCACAUGUCUUUGACCCAGUCGGAGAGUUUGUUUAAACCAGCAGUGGAUCAGUGCUGAUCCCUGAUUUCUAACGCCUUCAAAUUUGCAGUGGAUAUUUCUAAGUGUUUGUAUCUGUUGAGAAGUGCUGUGACCAUUGACCUGUUCCUAACCUGAUCCUGUUCUAAGCUUUUUGGAUUAUUGCUUGAUUAAAGCUCUUUAACAACA